AUGAGCGACAUUCGUUAUGAAUUUGCAAAUUCCACGUAUAGCAAGGCAUUUGUUCUCAUAGAUUUAUGUGCCACUCAUACGAUGAAAGAAAUUAUCAUGUUUAUGAGUAAAAAAAUUAAUGAGAAUGAAGAGCUCACUUCAGCAGAGAAAGAAUAUCUGCUGGAGCGGACGCAAAGAGACGCAGAUGGUUAUUGUGUUUUAUCUCAAACCGGGAGCAAAAGGCAAUGUGAAUAUUGCAUAAACUGGUCUUAUGCAAUCAAUUACUGCGAGCAUUGUGUUAGAAAAUAUCUAACAGACAAUUUUUCCAAUUGGACUUCUGGAAAUGACGAGAUUAAUGCGAUAAUUCAAGAGUGUCAAGAAUCAAUGGUCAUACCAAGCAGAAUAGUGGAAUGGAUACCUUUUGGAAAUCUAAAAAAUAUCGAGUAUAAGACAAGAGGAGGCUAUGCGUCUAUCUUUAAAGCAAGAUGGAAAGAUGGUCGUUUUGACAAAUGGAAUUAUGAAAAACAAAAACUUGAAAGGAGAGGAUCGAUGGAUGUGAUUCUCAAGCAAUUAGAUAAUUCAAGAAAUCUAAAGUCGAAAUGGUUUCAAGAGACAAAAACGCAUCUUAAAUGUGUAACUAAAGCAAAUCUUAAUGUGGUUAAGUGUUACGGUUUAACACGAGACCCCACUACGGGCGAUUAUAUGCUUGUUUUAGGUCACAUGAAUUGGGUAAGACCAAAGAUUAAGAAAAAAACGCCAGAGUGGUACACCAGCUUAAUGAAGGGAUGUUGGGACGCCAAUCCAGAAAAUCGUCCAACAUCAGAGGAAAUUUUCCGUGAAGUCAGUGAGAGGUUACGGUCAAUUUAUCGAAAUGAGUUGGAGGUUGAUUUCAUGACUAUCUCUGAUAAAGCGUCGAUCUCGGGUAGUGAAUAUACGAAUAAAUCAAGAACUGAUUUGACAAGCGAUCAUUCCAGCAAACUGUAUUCAUUUCAAAAUCUUCUGGAGCCUAAGAAUGUGAAUGAAGGUAAUUAA